UAGUGUUUACGUUGCCUUCCAUCGCAGAACAACACGGUUUUUGGGAGGACAUCGUCGUUAGUUUCAUUUCAACAGAAUUCGAAAACACGGCUGAUUCUUCACUCAUUCCAGUCAUUGAAAGCGCAUUUAAACAAUCUCAAAAGAUGUCGCAGAGCAACAUCGAUAAGAUUUACGAAAUCUACGCCGUUCUGUCAGGUGCGGGAGACAAAAUAUCCGAGCACGAGGCCGAAUACCUCUUGCUUUUGGAGGCAGUCAAGGGAUCCGACAAGGAAAAACGGCUUGCGGCGCAGUUCAUCGCAAAGUUUUUCAAAAGCUUUCCGUCCCUUCUAGAGAAGUCCAUCGAGAGCCAGUUUGAUCUCUGUGAGGAUGAAGAUUCAAUGAUAAGGAAAUAUGCAGUGAGGGAUCUGCCCAACUACUGCAAGGACAACAAAGAGUACACAAGGAAGGUUGCAGACAUUUUGACCCAGCUGCUGCAGAUUGAUGAUCCUUCAGAGCUAUCCGUCGUGCAGAGCUCGCUGAAUGCUCUGUUUAAGAUCGACGCCAAAGGCACUUUUGGCGGCAUUUUCAACCAAAUCCUUGCUGGAGAAGAGAUUGUUCGCGAGAGAAGCAUCAAAUUCCUCGCAACUCGGUAUAAAACCCUGGGUCCAAAUUUAAUAACCAAAGAAGUGGAGGAAUACGUCAUAGCUGAAGUCAAGAAGGUUUUGCAGGACGUGACUGCUGAUGAGUUCAAACUGCUGAUGGACGUUUUGAGCGAGACCCGCCUGGGAAAAACCGUGUCCGGACACCAUGAGUUGGUUGAUCUGGUCGUGGAGCAGGCAGAGCUUGACCAGCCGUUCGGGGCCACUGAGCCUGAAAACGUUCUCCGACUGAUUGCCUGCACGCAACAUGCACUCCCUUACUUCUCUUCUCAAGUGGAGCCAACCAAGUUUGUGACUUUCAUGUGCGAGGACGUGCUGCCUGUUUUGGCGUCGGUGCCAAAAACCCUGCAGACUCCUGACUCUGACGCUCACCUGGAGCUUCUCAAGUUGACAGCAGAGCUGUGCAAGCACUGCUCCAGCGUGGAGUCGCCCGAGAGCAAACUCAACCACGUAUUCACCCUCUUGCUGGAGUACAUGCCGCUGCCAGCUGAAGGCGAUGCUGAGAAACUGGCCACUGAGGACCCACUCCUGGAAUUCUCCUAUGUGGAGUGUCUACUCUACAUUCUGCACCGUUUCGGAAAGCACCACCCAGACUUUUUAGCCAACAACCCGGAAAGGAUGAAGGAUUUCCGCAUUAGGCUUCAGUACUUUGCCCGCGCCACUCAAGGCUACAUGAAGAAGCUGAAGGAGAUGCUGAACGGCAAAACACAAAGCCAAUUGAAGGACGACGAUAACCUGAUCAAGACGGUGGCGCUGAAGACGACGACCAACAUUCUGGCGCUGAUCAAGGAUCUUUUCCACACUCCUCCCAUCUACAAGAGCAGUAUUGUCCUGUCGUGGACUGCCGUGUCGCAGAAAAAGGAUGACGGUGGCCUCAAGAGACACGCCCCCAUCACCUUCGAGGGCAACGGCGCCAAGAUGGCGAGGAAAAGCGACGACCAGGCCCGUUACCAGCCACCCAGUGGAAAGUACAGCGAGCGCAUCUCCUCUUACAGUGCUCCUCGUGGCGGAUACAGAGGCGGCAGACGGGGUAACUUCCGCGGCAGAAACCGCACCUGGCGCAACACUUACUAAGAAGUGUUCAACCACCUGGACUGCAAGAGCUAAGAUUUUAAGAAAAUCAACAGUUAGUUUAGAGCCAAUCAGUGAAGCACUGUCGUAACAUUAAUUAUAUUAUACAAUGUAAACUUUCUUACUUGAGCGUGUAAUUAGUUAAUGCAAGAAGUGUUUUGUUCAGAGUUAUGAAUGCUGUCUCACAAAUUCAUUAAAUAAAGUGUGCGUGCAUUCUGAAAGGUUAGCAAGAUAAUAAAUAAUAUAUUAAAUUGUGUUUUUACAGGUGUGGUUAUGAAUGUACAAACGUCAGAAUUUGUGUGAUUGACGUUGACUGCACGUUUAUUUACUGCGAUGAAUCAGAGUAGAAUAAAUUGGAAUAAAACAAGUACA